AGGAGCGCAGAAAUACAGAAAUACAAAAAUCUAUAUUCAUAAAAACUACCACACCAGAUGUUCGGCAUGGACUGCUCCGCUCGGAGCAUGUGGUCUGGUGACUUCAUAGUUGCUCUUUGAACUUGGAACUGAGAUGAGGCUUCCUGUGGUGUUCCUGAUGGCGUGGAGCUGCGCCUUCUUUGGCCAGAGUCAUGAAAUCAACCUGGACCCCGGCUUGGAUUUGAUUAAAACUUUGUUGGAUAAGCAGGCCCAGAGUCUGAGGGAGUUGGAGACUAAUCUGAACCGUGUUCUAAGCAAGGUCCUCUUCCUAACCGAACUUUCUGCCGGAGGAAGGAACUGCAGUUCUUCUGGGGUGGAUCUUCAGGAUCGUUUGGACAAAUUACUUCUAAAACUUCAACAGGAAGAGAGCUCUAUAGCUAUACUUCGGAGGUUAGAAGAUUCCCUGAAUUCCAAGGUGGACUUCAGCCAGCCCGACAAAUCUGAUUGCCACGAACUGGAUGAAAAGCAGCGUGUCAGUGGCGUUUAUAGGUUUCUGGAACCGGACCUUAACAAGCUCCAGCGGGACUUCAACGAAAGGUACUGCUUCUUCGCCAGGGAGGGACCCGCCUGGACGGUGAUUCAGCAAAGAGGUUUCUCCGACACACCCGAGGACUUUCAACGCAGCUGGAACGAGUAUCGCGCCGGCUUCGGCAACAUCCGGAGAUUUUGGUUUGGGAACGAGUUUACACACAAGAUUCUCUACCGGGACGACUACGAACUCGGAGUGGAACUGACGGAUGGAGACAAGCAGCCAAACAGUGACUGGGCGGAGUAUUCGACAUUUCGAUUGGACAGCGAGGCGUACAAUUAUCAGUUGACGGUGGACGGUGGAUUCCGGGGUUCCCUACCCGAUGCCCUGGAGUUGCUCAAUCAGGUGGACUUCAGCACCGAUGAUCGGUGGAGUGAUCUCUCCGCCACCUCCGGAGCUGGAGACAUCUGCAGUGAGUCGUACGGCGGUGGCUGGUGGUUCAACGGAUGUACACAGUCUAAUUUGAAUGGCCACCAGGACGUCCACCAAGCAGCCAUCAUUUGGCCUGGUUGGGUUUCGGGGAUCGGGCAACCCGGACCCAGGAGCUCGCGCAUGAUGGUCCGACCCGUUGUACGCGCCACGGCACCAACUACGGACAAAGACGAAGAUUAAGGAAUCUUUGAAAGAUUUCAUUGAAGGCACUCGGAGAUUUAAAUGGAAAGUUGAAUUGUAGAUGUUGCCUCGUAUUUACAAAUAAACGAACAAAUAUACGUUACCGA